UUCAGUGUAGACGACCGUGAUCGGAUCGCUGAUCGGGUGCGAAAGCGGGCGUGGUUUUCACCCGCACACUGCAAAAGCAAGAACCGCGUCAAGAUGCUCCAAAACCGUAGACCGGACAUGGCGACCAUCAUCCCUCGAACGCUCACGGCGAUCUCCUCCUCCUCCUCCUUCUUCUUCAACCCAUCAUUUCAAAACGUAUAAAAGCCCUGAAAAUCCCAUCGCCCGAGCUCAUCGACCCGCAUCGGAUAAUGGAGCCCCCUCCCUUCCAAGAAGCGGCCCGCUGCGACGUCUGUAAAUGCAGCUUCAACACUUUCCGGCGACGCCAUCAUUGCAGAUGCUGUGGAAGGACCUUGUGUUAUGAACAUUCAUCAAAUCAGAUGGCUUUGCCGCAAUUUGGUAUCCACUCACUUGUCAGAGUUUGCGCAGAUUGUUAUAAUAACCCUUCUCAAUCUGCAAAGGGUGAUAGAGAAGCUUCAGGAGAGGGAGUUGAUCACGUUACAGAUUCAGUUUCUAAAUUAGACAUUGGUGAUGUAGUUCCGGAGGAAAAACCAAUUGCAGAACAUCAAACUGGCCAAGGUGUUCCAGACUGCAAAUGCGGGAUGCCUUUAUGCAUUUGCGAAGCUCCUGCCCCAUUCGUCGAUUCGCUUCAUUUGCAGAGAAAAACCACUUCCAUGACUUCUCAGUCAAACCAAAGACCCAAACGAGACCCUGUUCCAAAGAAUAGGGGUUCCACCUCAACCAGCAAUAAUUCGUCAGCUUUGAAUGCUGGUCAAGUUUCCAAUGGUGCUCCAGAGAGACCUAAGAUGGAUUAUGAUGUAAAUGGCGAGGGUCUAAGGGAAGCAAUAAAGAAUGAUGAUGCUGCUGCAGUUAAGAAACUUCUCAGGGAGGGAGUGGAUCCUAAUUACCAUGACAAACAGGGAAUGUCUUUGCUGCAUUUGGCAGCAGUUUUUAACAGAACCGACAUUGCUUUUAUCCUUAUGGAGCAUGGAGCAAGUGUGGAUUACAGGAAUGCACAGGGAGAAACGCCUUUGGAUUGCGCACCGGCCACUUUGCAGUACAAGAUGCGGCAGAAAAUGGAAGAGGGUUGCUAGUACUCGUCCGACCCACUCCAGAUUUGUUUCAAAGGAAAUACUUGUUUAAUGCUUUAAGUGUGCUUCUUAUCUUUAUCACUUUAAGGAAAUAUCUGAUUGACACCAUCCGCACGUUUGAUUCGCUAAUUUCGGAGGUGGGUUAAUGAGAGCUCUUUUCUGAGGCAAAUAAUCUCUUCAAUUAUGUUGUGGGGCAAGAUUAGCUUUACCCUGGAUUUUCAAUUUUCUUUCAUCUUUCUAUGGAAAUGAAUAUUCUUGAGUUGUGCUGA